AUGUCCGUUGCCACAGAGGUGUCCGAUAUGUCUUCGACGUCAUUUCCUACAAAGACGGUUGUCGUCCUAGGCGGUUCCUACGGAGGCUCAAGAGCUGCUCACGUUCUUAUGGAGAUUUCGGAUUCCGUAGGUGUGUUUCUAACCUCCAAUGAUGUCCCUAGGCAUAGGAAUCACGUUUACAACUUUUCUAGAUAUGCUGUCCUUGCUGGUCAUGAACAUAAAGCAUUCAUUCCAUACAAUAAUAACUUCCCUUCUAGUUCUCUUUCAGAUGUUUCUUCAUGUUCAUCUCAUGUUCGCGUGCAGGCAACUAUCACCUCCAUAGAGAACAAUCGCAUCAUCCUCUCUCCGAAUCUGCCAGGAUCGCAACAAUCUUACUUAGACUUUGACUAUGCCAUUUAUGCUCUCGGCUCCCACUUACCCCAGCCAAUAGACCUUUGGAGUCACCGAAAAGAAGGUGAUGUGAAGUCGAGUUUGGAACCACCAUAUGGAGGAAUGAAGUCGGAGGGUAUCUCAUCCCUUCAAGAACGCCAGAAACGCGUCGAGGCUGCCAGGUCCGUGUUGGUUGUAGGUGGCGGCGCGCUCGGUAUUCAGUUUGCAACCGACAUCGCUGCCAUAUACCCACAUAAGCGCGUCACGCUUCUGCAUUCCCGUCAUCGUUUAUUGCCAAAGUUUGACCAUGCAGUGCAUGAAGAAGCCCUUCAGGGUUUGCAAGAGCUGAACGUUCGGGUUAUUCUUGGAGAGCGACUGGAUUUUGAGUCACUCCAACACAAAUCCACUAAUCAAGGCUCUUCAGAGCCACGUCUAGUACGGACUGUAUCAGGGCGAGAGAUAUCUGCCGACCUUUUGCUCCUAUGCACCGGUCAAACACCGAACACGGCGCUCCUUCGUGAUAUGGACCCUCGUGCUGUAUCCCCAGACACUGGAUUGGCACAUGUUCUGCGGACUAUGCAACUUUGCGUCCCACCGCCUUCUCUUGAGCUUCACAAAUUUCAAGCAGAUGAUGUACUACACUGUUUGAAGAAGUUGAUUCUUGAUACAGAAGAAGGGUCAGACUCUGAAUCGUCGCCAUCGUCGCCAUCUAUCACGCCUGUCGACAUUCCUACGACGUCACCCUCGUCAUCCACGGAAACCCUGGUUGAACCCUAUCUAAGCGAAAAGACUUUGUACCCAAAUAUCUUCGUCGUGGGCGAUGCGGCAGACGCGUUCGAUGCGAUUAAAGCUGGACAUACAUCAUAUUAUCAAGCAGAGGUUGCCGCACGGAAUAUUCUACGCCUCAUCUCUCGAAGUGAGAAAGUUGGGAUUACAGCUGGCGACAAAUUAGAUUCGGAGCUCGAGGAGUAUGCGCCCGGGCCUCCGGCUAUCAAAGUGACGCUUGGUAUCACGAAGUCGGUAUAUGAGGUGGACGGGGUUGUGGGCACGAGGAAUAAUGGUGUGGAAGAUCUGAAUGCUGCUGUGAUGUGGGCAUCGUGUGGAAUGCGGGAUGUGAGCGAGGAGGAUAUGUUCAUGUAGUUUGAUGUUUUGGUUUGUGCGUCCCAUUCUGUUAUGAUACUACUAUUUCUUCUUACCGACCGCAUGCGGUGUAAUAUGUCUACUAUUUUCUCUCGAUGU